AUGGAGAUUAGUGCUGGGGGGUUUGGUAGGCAGUUACCGGAAAUCUUUGAGGAUAUUGGUGAUGAUGAUGGAUUGGUUGAUGAAGAUGAUAUGUUCGACGACGUUAAUAAUGCAAAUAGUGGAGGAGUGAAAGACAAGGAUCCUGGUUUUGAUGGUCGUAGUAACAAAGGAGAUGCAGAUGGUGGUAAAGAAGCAAAAUUCUUGCCAAUUAGAGGAUUGGUAGUUGAAUGGAUUGUUAAAAUGAGUAAGAAGGUGAAGAAGGAUGAAAUGUCGUUAUACAACUUAGUUUUUGCAUCAAAAAGAGAUUAUGGGGAAGAGAUAUGGAACAUUGGUAGCGGGCAUGUUUUGCAUCAAGGAUCCGCAUAUCAUUUUAAAAGCAACACGUUUAUUCAUGUGAUAAUCAUUGAUUGUUGGUCAUCAUUACUCAACAAAAUGGAGGAACUCAGGGAUGUAGGAUCAGUUUCUAGAUUAUUCUUUGACACAAUUUUUUUGGCAGAAGAGAUACUGGGUGGAUCAUUGUCACCUGAAAUAACUCAAUAA